AUGGCCUUUAUGGCGCUCUUCUUGUUUGACUGUGCCUUCCUCGAGCGCUUCACCACGGAUGGACAGGCUUAUGUGCUGGUACAGCGGGAUGGGAGUUGCGGCGAGCAAGGGCACUCAGCUUGGCUGCAACGGAGCAGGGGGGAGCUGAAAGGCGAGCAGGGCCUCGGGGUUAUGGCCGUGAGAUGA